UAGAGGAAGCAUCAGUUUGAUACCACAAACUCAAAAAGUCUAAUGACUAUUCACAAACAUUGGGCAAAACACAGCAGAUAUUUAAAGGAGAUGGUGAAUUGUCAGGAACUGGGCAGCAGUCAUUAUGUACAGACAGUAAUUUAGUCAUCAAACAAGAGGACAACAUGUAUGCCUUAUCUAGUGAAAUGAUUAUCCCAGAGCUCUCAAAUCAUUUUAAAGAAGGUAAAAGUCUACAGUCUAACCAAAUGAUUCAUACAAAGGAGAAACCAUUAAAAUGUACAGAAUGUGGGAAAAUCUUCAAAUUGAAGUCAAAUCUCUUAAAACACCACAAAAUCCACACUGGUGAGAAGCCUCACAAAUGUACAGAGUGCAGCAAAUGUUUUAUACAAAUGACAAGUCUUAUAGCUCAUGAGAGGACCCACACAGGGGAGAAACCAUUCAGUUGUACAGAGUGUGGAGUCCAGUUAUCACGAAAAUCCCAUCUCUUAACCCACAAAAGGAUUCACACAGGAGAAAAACAUUUUACAUGUACAGAAUGUGGGAAAAGUUUUACACAAAAGUGUAAACUGAAAAUUCAUGAGAGGAUUCACACAGGAGAAAAGCCUUUCACAUGUAAAGAGUGUGGAAAAGGUUUUACACAACUAGUUAGUCUGAAAACUCAUGAAAUGAUUCACACAGGAGAAAAGCCUUUCACAUGUACAGAGUGUGGAGUACAGUUUUCACAAAAGUCCAUUCUCUUAACCCACAAUAGGAUUCACACAGGAGAAAAACCUUUCGUUUGUACAGAAUGUGGGAAAAUGUUUGCAGACAAGUCAGCUUUCCGAAGACACCAGGUUAUUCACACAGGGGAAAAACCUUUUACAUGUGCAGAGUGUGGAAAUAGUUUUACACUAAAGAGUAGUCUGAAAACUCAUGAAAGGAUUCACACAGGGGUAAAACCUUUUACAUGUGCAGAGUGUGGGAAAUGUUUUACAAACAUAAUUAGUCUGAAAACUCAUGAAAGAAUUCACACAGGAGAAAAACCUUUCACAUGUAAAGAGUGCAGAAAAUGUUUUACACAUAAGAGUCAUCUGAAAAUUCAUGAAAGGAGUCACACAGGAGAAAAGCCGUUCACAUGUACAGAGUGUGGAAAAUGUUUUACACAACUAAUUAGUCUGAAAAAUCAUGAAAUGAUUCACACAGGAGAAAAGCCUUUCACAUGUACAGAGUGUGGAAAAUGUUUUACACAACUAAUUAGUCUGAAAACACAUGAAAGGAUUCACACAGGAGAAAAGCCUUUCACAUGUACAGAAUGUGGGAAAAUGUUUGCAGACAAGUCAGCUUUCCGAAGACACCAGCACCUCGGCACUGAGCAACAGGUGAAACUGGAGAGGGAUCCCGCUCAUAGUACCGGAGGAUAUGUGGCACAGAGCCAGCAGAAACCACAACCGUUUGCUUCACAAUCGGUGGAUGGUGUAUCUGCAGUGAGACAGGUGAUGGGAGUAGAGCGAGAGUUGCGGGGAGACAGUGUGGUCUCACUUUCAUUUGACAAAGAUGAGGAUCCUGGUGCUAGCUGGCUAUCUGCACUAAUCACGACUGAGAGGAUGGGAGAUACUGAGAUGGUAUCAGCAGUGAACAUCUGCAAUGUGCUCAGUGGUGGAGGCUUGGAUACUAACAUGAUCUUUCUGAAGGUUUCUUUCUACAAGUGUCAAGGCCCUGAGAACUUUACCUGGACUGUUUAUUUUGGUGGCGGAGAUGUGGCUGAGACUUUACCCCAGCAUAACAGGGCUGUUGUGCAUAUCACAGAAAUGUCUGGCUACGUUUGUGUCUCUGGAAUAGAGGAUGUCAUCUCUAUGUUCUUGUACCCGAUCCUUUACCAUCCUUUUAGUUUUUCCAACGUAAAAGACCGGGCACGAACAUCUAGGACAAAACGACAGGCCUUUUUUAAGGAGUUCAAUAUGAGCCAGGUUCAGGGGAAAAGAGGAGAGGUUCACUAUUUGGAGUUCUUCCUCUCUAGGGUGAGACAAGCUAUAGGAGAUAUACCACAGAUGGCAGCCAGAAAGGCACAGAGCCUACGAGAUAAGCUGGUAAAAAGUCAGUUUAUCAGAGGACCCUCUGAUGCUGACUGGCUACGAAAAGAUAAGGGAAUAAAAGAACCAUUUGCCACAAGACUGAGACAAAGCUUACCCGGGGUAAAAGUAGGAGACGGCAGGGUGUCUCUGGCAUUAUAUGCGGACGACAUAAUACUUUUCUUGCCUAGAACAUCUCAAACUAUACCAGUAUUACUAGAACUAAUAGAGGAAUUCAGUGCGUUUUCUGGCUAUAAGGUCAACCAGGGAAAGGCAAACACAAGAAAAACAAAAGAACCUUUUCAGGCACAGUCUCAGUUGUUAUUAGCCAGUCAAUCAGUGCCCGUAGUUGCUCCCAAGGUUGAUAGCUGGUUGAAUAGUUCAUAUCCAUCCUUCACUAGAGGAAGCAUCAGUUUGAUACCACAAACUCAAAAAGUCUUAGAUACUAAUGACUAUUCACAAACAUUGGGGAAUUUACAGCAGAUAUUUAAAGGAGAUGGUGAAUUGUCAGGAACUGGGCAGCAGUCAUUAUGUACAGACAGUAAUUUAGUCAUCAAACAAGAGGACAACAUUUAUGCCUUAUCUAGUGAAAUGAUUAUCCCAGAGCUCUCAAAUCAUUUUAAAGAAGGUAAAAGUCUACAGUCUAACCAAAUGAUUCAUACAAAGGAGAAACCAUUAAAAUGUACAGAAUGUGGGAAAAUCUUCAAAUUGAAGUCAAAUCUCUUAAAACACCACAAAAUCCACACUGGUGAGAAGCCUCACAAAUGUACAGAGUGCAGCAAAUGUUUUAUACAAAUGACAAGUCUUAUAGCUCAUGAGAGGACCCACACAGGGGAGAAACCAUUCAGUUGUACAGAGUGUGGAGUCCAGUUAUCACGAAAAUCCCAUCUCUUAACCCACAAAAGGAUUCACACAGGAGAAAAACAUUUUACAUGUACAGAAUGUGGGAAAAGUUUUACACAAAAGUGUAAACUGAAAAUUCAUGAGAGGAUUCACACAGGAGAAAAGCCUUUCACAUGUAAAGAGUGUGGAAAAUGUUUUACACAAAUAAUUAGUCUGAAAACUCAUGAAAGGCGUCACACAGGAGAAAAGCCGUUCACAUGUACAGAAUGUGGAAAAAGUUUUACACUAAAGAGUGGUCUGAAAUCUCAUGAAAGGAUUCACACAGGAGAAAAGCCUUUCACAUGUACAGAGUGUGGAAAAAGUUUUACACAACUAAUUAUUCUGAAAAAUCAUGAAAGGAUUCACACAGGAGAAAAGCCUUUCACAUGUACAGAGUGUGGAGUACAGUUUUCACAAAAGUCCCAUCUAUUAACCCACAAAAGGAUUCACACAGGAGAAAAGCCGUUCACAUGUACAGAGUGUGGAAAAUGUUUUACACAAAUAAUUAGUCUGAAAACUCAUGAAAUGAUUCACACAGGAGAAAAGCCUUUCACAUGUACAGAGUGUGGAGUACAGUUUUCACAAAAGUCCUAUCUCUUAACUCACAAAAGGAUUCACACAGGAGAAAAACCUUUCGUUUGUACAGAAUGUGGGAAAAUGUUUGCAGACAAGUCAGCUUUCCGAAGACACCAGGUUAUUCACACAGGGGAAAAACCUUUUACAUGUGCAGAGUGUGGAAAUGGAUUUACACUAAAGAGUAGUCUGAAAACUCAUGAAAGAAUUCACACAGGAGAUAAAUCUCUCACAUGUAAAGAGUGCGGAAAAUGUUUUACACAUAAGAGCCAUCUGAAAACUCAUGAAAGGAGUCACACAGAAAAAAAGCCAUUCACAUGUACAGAGUGUGGAAAAAGUUUUACACCAAAGAGUGGUCUGAAAUCUCAUGAAAGGAUUCACACAGGAGAAAAGCCUUUCACAUGUACAGAGUGUGGAAAAAGUUUUACACAACUAAUUAGUCUGAAAAAUCAUGAAAGGAUUCACACAGGAGAAAAGCCGUUCACAUGUACAGAGUGUGGAAAAUGUUUUACACAAAUAAUUAGUCUGAAAAAUCAUGAAAUGAUUCACACAGGAGAAAAGCCUUUCACAUGUACAGAGUGUGGAGUACAGUUUUCACAAAAGUCCCAUCUAUUAACCCACAAAAGGAUUCACACAGGAGAAAAGCCUUUCACAUGUACAGAGUGUGGAAAAAGUUUUACACAACUAAUUAGUCUGAAAAAUCAUGAAAGGAUUCACACAGGAGAAAAGCCGUUCACAUGUACAGAGUGUGGAAAAUGUUUUACACAAAUAAUUAGUCUGAAAAAUCAUGAAAUGAUUCACACAGGAGAAAAGCCUUUCACAUGUACAGAGUGUGGAGUACAGUUUUCACAAAAGUUCCAUCUAUCAACCCACAAAAGGAUUCACACAGGAGAAAAACCUUUCGUUUGCACAGAAUGUGGGAAAAUGUUUGCAGACAAGUCAGCUUUCCGAAGACACCAGGUUAUUCACACAGGGGAAAAACCUUUUACAUGUGCAGAGUGUGGAAAUGGAUUUACACUAAAGAGUAGUCUGAAAACUCAUGAAAGGAGUCACACAGGGGAAAAACCUUUUACAUGUGCAGAGUGUGGGAAAUGUUUUACACAUAAGAGUCAUCUGAAAUCUCAUGAAAGGAGUCACACAAAAGAAAAACCUUUACCGUGUUUAGAAGCUGGAAAAAGGUUUCUAUGCAAGUUAGGUAUCACAAAUCACCAAAUAUUUACACACAAAGAAACUUUAUAAACAGGGUAGAAACAUUUAUUUAAAGCAUCCUAAAGAGAACAAACUCUCUAAAUAGAAGAGUCAAGAAAGGAUCCUACUGUAAACAAUAGUUUCUAAUUCCCAGUUACAAAAGCCACUACAAUGAUUGUCAUCUGGGAGAUAUAUUUAAUGUGCACAUCAUAUGGAUAAACCUUUUCUUAUAGCAAUAUAUGCUUAGCAUUGUACAUGUUAUAUACCAGAGGAAUUACUGAGGGGAAACUGAUUUUAUAUAAUAAGACA